GUUCCGGUUCAAAUUUGUCGGAAAGACGAGGAAUCACAAUAAUCGUUAGUUUAUACAGUCUGUGAAGACCCAAGCUGGUCUACUGUGCAAAUGGCAGAAGAAACCAUAAUUCUCUUCAUUGACGAGGAAGGUGUAGGCCAAGAGUUUGUCGUUAAUGGGAAUCUGGUGAAUCAGCAGCUGCAAGGGGAUGGAGGCGAAAUUGUCUUGCAACUGGAUGGACAGAACUUUGUUGAGGGAGGUUACGUGUGUGAGGCACCAUCACAAGUUGAGGUUCUCUCUAAUGGAGUUGAAGUGGAUGCUUUGAAAAUGUCUGGAGUGACACCAGUCAAUAUGGAACCUGAAGAGGAGGAACCAGACGGACUUUUAAAAGGGCGUCGGAUCUCUACUUUAGGUAACAUCAGACCAACUAAAUAUCUUCCUAUUGGGGAUGAGGCUGAUGAUAAUAAAGAUGGCCUUAUUGUAGACUCAAAGACUUUUGAGACCUCAGAAAUAUCAAACUGCAUCAAAGAGGAAGAAUCUGUACCUUGUGAACUGAGAGAAACACAGAACAGUGGGAGUGUGAGUAAGAAACACAUCUCUAUACUAGGGUUUGGGAAAGACUUUCUCAGUAAAAAAGAUAUGCCCAGUGAUAAAUUUUCCUCUGUUGGGGACUCUGCUGGUGAAGGAAAUGAGAAAAGUAAGUCAUUAGACCUAGAAGAGUCAAUAUCCCAUGAGCUAGGCUCAGAAGCUAAUGCAAGCACAGUGGCCGACAAGCAGCUAUCUCCUUUAAAAUCUGAACCUGGAGACUUGAAAGAUGUUCUUGACACCUCUGCUUCAGCUUUUGAUCCAAAUUUUCCUUUCAAGUGUCCUUUUUGCAGCAAAGCAUUCAAAUUAGAUAUUACUCUUGAACUGCAUAAAUUAUCUCAUUCAGAUGCCUAUGUCUCUUCUUUGGAUAGUAAGAGUAAAGGACGAGCUGCUAAUGGAGCUAAAUAUUAUCAGUGUCCCGUGUGUGACUUUCAGUGUCCCUUGAAAAGAAAAUUAAAAUUGCAUGCUACUGAGAAGCACAACCUAGGAUAUAUUUUCACUUGCCACAAAUGUAAAUUUUCUGGACUUUCUUCCAAAGAAUAUUCAGAUCAUUUGCAGUCCCCAGAGCAUGGAGAAAAUGAUUCAAAGUUCAAAAUGAGGAAUAAAGCUAUGUCAAGACCAUUUCUUUGCAGCCAGUGUGGCUUCCGGACAACAGACAAACAUCUCCUUGAGAGGCAUAUGCUCACUCAUAUAGACAAGAAGGAAUAUCCAUGUCCAUUUUGCUCCUACAGGGGCAAGACGGAUCACUACCUCAAGAAGCACAUGCGCACCCACAGUCAGGAGAAGAAAUAUGAGUGUACCAUGUGCGCCUAUUCCUCUAAUGAUCCGUAUGGCCUCACAAGGCACGUAAAAAACAUGCAUGCCAAAAGAGACUCAAGGUAUAAGUGUAGAGAAUGUGACUCUUCUUUUGCAGAGAUGUGUGAGCUUCGUGUUCAUGCAAUGCUUGAGCACGGCAGUGCAGACACACUCUUUUGCCGGCGUUGCACAUAUUCCUGCAAGGACAAGGGAGAAUACAAAAAACACCUGGAAAUUCAUAAUGGUGAGAACAUUUACAUGUGUGAUUCGUGUGAUUUCACUUGCAGGGCCAUGCCUCUGCUAAAGCGCCACCUACUGCGACAUUCUAAUGCCAGGACACACAAAUGUCCCAAGUGCUCUCUAAGCUUUCACGAGAGUGGCGAUUUAAAACGCCACAUGAAGAACCACUCCAGCGAGAAGCCAUUUCGUUGUAAUCUUUGUGAGUAUACCUGCAAGUUUCGCAACACUCUAACUUUGCACAUGAAAGUCCAUUCUAAUGUGAAGGGCUACUCUUGCAGCCAAUGUGACUACUCAACUAAGUAUCCGUGCAAUCUGAGAAAACACAUGGUCGUUCAUGAAGUAGUUAAGCCUUUUUUGUGCCAGUUCUGCUCCUACAAGGCAAGUCUGAAAGCCAGUCUAAAACGACAUGUGUUGCGGGUUCAUAAAUACACUGGCUCCGUCUAAUCCUUUGUUGAAGAAAUUGAAGAUUCUUCCUUUUAUCUGGUAUUAUCAACUUUUGUAGAGAUGCUCAAUAAUUGUUGUCGUUUCAUUUGUGCCUAAAAGAUAGAAAAUGUUUAAUGUACCAGUUCCAUUUUCUUUUUUGUAGUGUGUGUAGAUUAACUAAACAAUGCACCCCUGUGCAUCAAGUUCAGUGAAUUAAAAUGUUUCUAGAGCUACACUUACACAGACUGCUUUUGUGGCCUCAAACGAUGGUCAGUCCUGCGGGCCUAAAUGCUCUGAAAGGGAGGUGGUUUGGACUACAAAUGUGAGGCAGCGCGGUGGAAUCAGGCUCUUGUCAAAAAAAUCCAAGUGAAGAAACUUGCAUUU